AUGUUGUGGGGCUUGGUUCUAUUCUUCUUGCUCAGUUCUGUGUGGAGUUUGGAAAAGAAGUUCAUAAACUUUGGUGGUUUUGUUUGCCCUCGAGAAGAAAAAGCGUUAGGGAUAUGUCUCCGAGAUGCUCUGAAUGCCUUUAUACCACAAAUUGCAUCAGGAAUCCCUCAAUUUAACGUCCCGCCGUGUGAACCACUGCUCAUAAAGUCCAUUUCUAUCAAGCAAGGGGCAGGACCAAUAACGUUGACGUCAUCAUUCUCUGACGUAACAGUUAGAGGACCUUCAACACUUAAAAUAAAGAAUGUAGUCGUUCAACCAGAAAAACAGAGGGUCAUAGCAAAAUUACACUUUGCUGAGUUAAAGAUGAAAGGCCAUUACUCUAUGAAGGGACAGAUCUUGAUGCUUCCAGUGGAAGGCGACGGUGAAUUUACUGCCAAAUAUGGAAAUAUCGAUGCAACAGUCACCAUAAAAUUAGGUAGAAGACCGAGGGCCAACAGUUCUGAUGCACUGUCCUGUGAAGAUCUUCAUGUUAAAUUUCACAUCGGUCAGGCCUCCAUGCAUCUUGGCAGUUUAUUUGGCGGUGAUAAUGAACUAGGUAACGCAAUGAAUAAGUUCUUUAAUGACAAUUGGGAGCCAAUCUCCGAAGAACUCCGUGAACCAAUGGAAGAAGCAUUGAGAGACUUUCUCCGACCUCUAGCAGACCACACUUUUGGAAUACUGGACGCUGAUGAUAUUUUAUUACCUGACGACACAGAUAAAGAAACAAGUGAUAAAAAGCAUUAAAAUGAUACAGAAUAUUAACAAGUAAUUUAUUUAAAAAAAAACGUAUAAUGUAUACCUGUAGUGUAAACCUCACUCAGUGAUAUGAUUGAUCUGUUUUGUUUGUUAAAAUAAUUUUAUGAAAUAAACAGUUUA